GCUCGCUGGUGAAUUUAAGCCAAACUCAUUGGAUCAUCUCUCCUUCUUCAAUCAUCUUCUUCUCCGCGAUUGACUUGUUAAACAAACUAUACGAAGAUUACAAAUCCUUGAGGUUUUAUGCAUAUGUAAUUGCUAUUAACCCAUACCCUCCAUUUUCCCUCGCUUAUUUUCCGACCAACUAGACCAAAAAAAAAAGUUUUUUCUUUUCCUGUCCCUUCCAGAUCUUAUUGAUCUCAGAUCAUUCCCGUUUUCUGGAUUUCGUCCUUCUCUAUUCUGGGUUCAUUUGAAUUUUCGAUUUUUCACAUCACCCUUCUGAAAAAGCUGGGAUUUUUUUUUUUCUUUGGCUUAUUGAUUGUGUUCUUGUGGAAGACUUUCUUUCUUUGCAUUCAGUCUUAGCGACCAUUGUCGUUGGAGAAGAGAACCCAAGUAUUAGAUUAUGAAGGAUUUGACUUUUCACUGUCUCUGAUCAUUUGGAAAUGAGAUCAGAUCCAUUAUGUGUUUCUUUUGAUCAGAUCGGUGAUGUGGAAAUCUUGAAAUGCGAUUUUUCAUCUGGAGAAAGUUGAUUUAGGAUCAUUAUAAGUUAGAGAUGGGUAAUGUUUGUGUAGGACCGAACCUUUCUGGAAACGGUUUCUUGCAAACUGUUUCAGCUGCUUUGUGGAAGCCACGGAUCGGAGCUGAGCAAGCUUCUUCCCAUGGCAAUGCACAACAAGUUCCCAAAGAAGCAGCUGCAGAAGUUUCCAAGGAAGCAGUACCUGAUCAAGUCCAGAAUAAACCCCCUGAGCAAGUCACUAUGCCUAAUCCUAGCUCCAUUCCCGAAGCUGAAACCAAACCCAAACCCGAACCUGAAGAAGCCAAGCAAGAAGUUGUUGUGCAGGUGGAGACAUCAACAAAGCCUGAACCCAAACCAGAGCCAACAAAACCUGAAUCCAAGCCUGAAACCAACCCGGAGACGAAACCUGAUCCCAGCAAGCCUAAGCAUAUGAGGAGAGUAUCCAGCGCAGGCCUCAGAACCGAGUCAGUGUUACAGAGAAAGACCGAAAACUUCAAAGAGUUCUAUUCAUUAGGAAGGAAACUCGGACAAGGACAGUUCGGGACAACCUUCUUAUGCCUCGAGAAAGGCACCGGAAACGAGUACGCGUGCAAGUCCAUCUCCAAGAGGAAGCUUUUGACAGAGGAGGACGUGGAAGACGUUAGAAGAGAGAUUCAGAUAAUGCAUCACUUGGCUGGUCACCCUAACGUUAUAUCCAUCAAAGGAGCUUAUGAGGAUGUUGUGGCGGUUCAUCUUGUGAUGGAGUUGUGUUCGGGCGGCGAGCUUUUCGAUAGGAUUAUUCAGCGUGGACAUUACACUGAGAGGAAAGCAGCUGAGCUGGCUAGAACCAUUGUUGGGGUUUUGGAGACUUGUCACUCUCUUGGUGUCAUGCAUAGAGACCUCAAGCCUGAGAAUUUUCUGUUUGUUAGUAGAGAGGAAGAUUCUUUACUGAAAACGAUCGACUUUGGACUCUCGAUGUUCUUUAAGCCAGAUGAGGUUUUUACAGAUGUUGUUGGUAGUCCAUAUUAUGUAGCCCCAGAAGUUCUUAGAAAGCGUUAUGGUCCUGAAUCAGAUGUGUGGAGUGCUGGUGUCAUUAUUUACAUUUUGUUAAGCGGUGUUCCUCCUUUUUGGGCCGAAACCGAACAAGGUAUAUUCGAACAGGUCCUUCAUGGAGAUCUUGACUUCUCAUCUGAUCCUUGGCCAAGCAUCUCUGAUGGCGCAAAAGACUUGGUUCAGAAAAUGCUUGUAAGAGACCCCAAGAGAAGACUAACGGCACAUCAAGUAUUAUGUCAUCCAUGGGUUCAAAUUGACGGUGUGGCUCCAGAUAAACCUCUGGACUCUGCUGUUUUGAGCCGUAUGAAGCAAUUUUCCGCCAUGAACAAGUUCAAGAAAAUGGCUCUUAGAGUCAUAGCAGAGAGCUUAUCUGAAGAAGAAAUAGCCGGUUUGAAAGAAAUGUUCAAGAUGAUUGACGCAGACAAUAGUGGUCAGAUAACUUUCGAAGAACUGAAAGCAGGACUAAAACGAGUCGGUGCCAAUCUCAAAGAGUCAGAGAUUCUUGACCUGAUGCAAGCUGCUGAUGUGGACAACAGCGGAACGAUAGACUACAAAGAGUUCAUAGCUGCAACAUUGCAUCUAAACAAAAUAGAGAAAGAGGACCAUUUGUUUGCUGCCUUCUCCUACUUUGACAAGGACGGGAGCGGAUUUAUCACCCCGGACGAGCUUCAACAUGCUUGUGAAGAGUUUGGUGUUGAAGAUGCCCGCAUUGAAGAAAUGAUGCGUGAUGUUGAUCAAGACAAGGAUGGAAGAAUAGACUACAACGAGUUUGUGGCGAUGAUGCAGAAAGGGAGCAUCAUGGGAGGACCUAUGAAGAUGGGUUUAGAGAAGAGCAUUAGCAUAUCUCUGAAACACUAGCUUUCAGACACAAACCCAAAGACCAAGAAGUAUUUAUAAAUGAUGAUUAUGAUGAUUGUGUUUCUUUUUCUCAAUAUUGUGAUGAGAUUUUGUUAUUAUUAGACUGGUUUAGGCAGAUCAUUUUUCUGUACUGUGUAACUUCUAUGCAUAUACACAUAGUUCUUUGUUUCUGUCUGUAACUUUUGGCUACUGUGAGAGGACACAACUCUACUAUAGUACUAUGAUCAAUGUGCAUUGGUGACCAUGUUUUUGAUUUA